ACUUCAGUCAUUUUUUUCACCAAGAGUGGACUUACUAAAAAUUUUCAUCCGAUAGUUUAAUCAAUUUUAGUGUUAAAAUGCACUGAAAGUCUAAAAAAAUAGUUUGAACAGUUACAUAAAGUACGAACCUAGUGAAAUAUAAACAUCAGUGAACUGAUAAGAACAACUAAUAUAAAUAUAAUACUGGCGUGAAGUAGAAGAGUUGUGUUUAUGAAUGUUUCAAAAGUAUCCAAAGGAUUCGUGUUGUAAAAGCAGUUUAUCAUCGUUGAAGUUAUGUAAAAGUGUUUAUCAGACCAAAUAAAAUUGCUGAUUGAAGAAAAGAAAAAGACGAGCAAUGUCUCUAAAUUCGUUAGGUGCCACAAAUGGGCACCCCAGCAGUCGUAUGACGCAUUCGCUUAGCACACCCUCAGGGGUCGAUGGAUCUACCUCGACAAGCCACCAUUCAAGGGGAGGUGGAAAGAAGCUUGCUGUUCGAGUUCAGAUGCUCGACGAUUCAGUUACAAUGUUUCAAGUUCAGGCGAAGGCGUUGGGGAAAGUUUUAUUUGAACAAGUAUGCCGACAGUUGAAUCUUCUCGAAGCUGACUAUUUCGGCUUAGAAUAUCAUGAAAGUUCGACUGGCACAAAAUAUUGGUUGGACUUGGAGAAGCCUUUAAAUCGUCAAGUUGGAUUUUCUCUUGUCGAUCCAAUGCUGAAAUUUUGUGUUAAAUUUUACGCACCCGAUCCGGCACAGCUGGAGGAAGAGUACACGCGAUAUUUGUUUUGUUUGCAAGUCAAAAGGGAUUUGGCGACGGGAAGUCUACAGUGUAAUGAUAACACAGCUGCGCUCAUGGCCAGUUACAUCGUUCAAGCAUCUUGUGGCGAUUAUUCUUAUGAAGACUAUCCCGACCAUACUUACUUGUCUUCAUAUCGUUUCGUUCCACAACAAGAUCACACGAUGCAGCGAAGAAUUAUGGAGAAUCAUAAGAAACAUGUAGGACAAUCACCAGCUGAAGCUGAUUUGAAUCUUCUUGAAACAGCUCGUCGUUGUGAGUUGUAUGGAAUGAAGAUGCAUGCUGCAAAGGAUCACGAAGGUGUUCCACUCAAUUUAGCUGUCGCUCAUAUGGGAAUCGCCGUCUUUCAGGGAAUCACGAGAAUUAAUACGUUCUCUUGGGCUAAAAUUAGGAAAAUUUCAUUCAAGAGAAAGAAACUUUUAAUAAAAUUGCAUCCAGAGGGAUAUGGAUACUAUAAAGAUAUAGUUGAAUUCUUUUUCGAAGGACGUAAUGAAUGCAAGAACUUUUGGAAGAAAUGUGUCGAGAAUCAUGGAUUUUUCCGUUGCCAAGCUGUUCAGAGUAUUCCGCGACGCAAAACUCGCGUCUUAUCGCGAGGAAGUUCGUUCCGAUACAGUGGAAAGACACAAAAACAAAUUAUUGAAUUUGUUCGAGACAAUUACGUUAAGCGACAAACGUUCCAAAGCAGCGGAUUGGGAAGCUCGCAAACAACAGAACCUCGAAUCGAAGAUGCCUUCUCAGAUGAAGAAGGAAGCGGAUAUGGAGAUUCGCCAACCCGGAACUCUUACCCAAUACAGCCGUCCUCAGGUCACGGCAGCACAGGUGGAGACUUAUCCGAUGACGAAGACAUCGGAGCAGCACCUACGUCGCCACAGCGAACAAUUGGAUUCGAGUCACUCUGCAUCACCAACGGCGGCGAUUAUUCACCAACGCAACAUCAACAACAAUGUGCAAGAAGCCGGUCGGGUUCAUGUGCUUCCAGACGAUCGCAACUUAGUCAAUUCCGGUCGGAGCCUCCAUUAUGCCACUAUCCCCAAAUAUACUCAAGCCAACAAUUCAUCCAUCACCCAUUAUCAACGGCCCCAACGCUUGGCGGAUCCCAGCAAUUCUACGGCGGAGACCGAGGCAUCUUCGACCAAUCACGAGAGUAUUGCCCAACACCGGGAUACUUCACGCCGCUACAUCCAAACGGAUCAAUCAACGGGUCACAAUGCCAUGUCAACCCAUUAUAACAGCACGAGUGCUUAUUCGAUGUCUAAUGCGUCCAAUAAGUUCGAUGUUAGCACGGCUACUGACUUAUCGGAUGAUGAUGAUAUCGAUAACAUUAUUUAUUCUGAUAUAAAUGAUUUGCAUAAAUUGCAUCAACAAAAACAAAAUCAACAGCAGCAACAACAAUAUACUCAUACAAUUCAAACACAAACAUCAGGUGAAAUAAAUAAUUACGGACGUGAAGUUGAGGUUGAAGACGAUGAAGAUGAUGACGACAUUCAACCUUACGCAACUCGACUUUCUUUGCAGCAAAUGAGCGUACGUCAGCCGUUGAUAAUUAAUGCUAAUGAUUUAUACGCGACAGUUGAUCGUAAAGCCAAAACUAAAGCAAUUAAGCCAUUACUGACAACUGAUGAUGGUGAACUCGCUCCUUUUCAGACAAACGGUUUGUCAAUGGGCGAUCGAACUAAAGCCGAC